GAAUUCGAUAGUAAGUUAAGUUCUUACGAGUUGACUCAGCUGUCUCUGGUUUCACUCCUCGUCGGAACAAAAAGCCUUUCCUUUUGUCUCACUGAGACUCUGAGACAGUCAAAUUCCUAAACUGAUGGCGACUGAAAAACCUAUUACUACAGAGUCCGUUGCUCUCACGGAGAAGAAAAUGGACAUGUCUUUAGAUGCUAUUAUCAAGAUGUCAAAGAGCAAUACCAUUGUGAAUAAAGGCAAGAAACAGAGAACAUCGAAUAAAAAGGAGAAUUUUAAUGGUAUUGCGAAAAAUAGUGCGGUAAAAGCACAGCGUUAUAUGGACUCGCGGUCUGAUGUUAGACAGGGUGCUUUUGCUAAGAGAAGGUCUAAUUUCCAAGGAAACCAAUUUCCUGUAACAACAAAGAUUGCUCGUGAAGCGGCUUCUGCUACUCCGUUCCGUGGUAGACCUUAUAAUGCUGGAAGGAUGACUAAUACGAAUCAAUCAAGGUUUAUUACUCCACCAGCUCAGUAUAGAUCUGCACACAGAGGGUUUGUUGCGAAGAAGCAGCAGCAAAGGGAGAAGAUAGAGCAGAGGCAAGCGAGUGGUGGAGGAGGACAGAGGCAAUGGCCACAGACGCUGGAUUCUCGGUUUGCAAACAUGAAGGAAGAGAGAAUGAGAAUGAGAAAGUUUGCAGAAAAGGGAAGCAAUGUAGGCAACAAUGGUGUUGGAUUGCAGCACCAGCAGCGUCCAAUGGUCCCAUGGGGAAGAAGAGGCACAAGAUUCCCCAACUAGUUUAAUGCAGUUUGGUUUGGAUUCAAUGUUAUUAGUGCAACAUUCAUCUGUGAAUGUCUUUCUUGGGACUAACAGAAAGAGGGGAAAAAUAUCGAAUCUUGGCUGUGCUUUGUGUGCUCUUGGUCAGGUAGGGAUAGGGGACUUGACCAUUUGCCCUUUCAUCUCUUGAUUUAAAAAUCUAGGGAGGUUCUGCACAAAAAUGUAAGCACUUGGGAUUAUUCUAAUUAAAGUCAAUUGAAUGGAUAAUGUUAGAAAG